AAUUUGAAUACGUCAAUAAUUUGUAUUUUGUGCAAUAUUUCAACAAUGGAGGAGAUAGAGGUGGUAUCUACAGUCUGUCUGGUCUUCACACUGUGCAUGUUUUCCGCAGGAAUCCCAGACUGCUGGAGGAUGUGGAGGACCAGAAGUACCCAGAAUGUUCCAUUUCUUCCCUUCCUGGUAACCUGCAUCAAUAAUCUGAUAUGGCUGUACUAUGGUUUGUGGCGACAAGACUCUACCCUGAUCAUAGUCAAUGCUGUUGGAGCACUUCUCCAGUCCAUCUGUAUGUUCACAUACAUGGUCACCUCUAAACAGAAGAGCAGGCCCAUGAGUCAGAUAGUUGUGGGUGUGGCUUUGCUGACCACCCUGUAUCUGUACCUCACUAUAGCCAUCACCAGUCACACUGUCCUUGUGGACCGACUGGGGUUGGCAGGAGCUGGCAUUACCAUACUCAUGUACACUUCUCCAAUGAUGGAAUUGGUCACUGUGAUAAGGACAAAGUCCACCAGGUCCAUCUCCAGGCCUCUGACAGUCGCCACAUUCUUUGCUUCAAGCCUGUGGUUUUACUAUGGCUAUCUCUUGCAAGAUCCUUAUGUCCAAGUUCCCAAUUUACCUGGGAUCAUUUCCAGCAUUGCCAGGUUCUUCCUCUUCUGGAGGUACCCAGGGGAAAAACUAGCUUGAUUUCUCAUGCAUGAGAACAUGGAAACAUCUAAAUUGUGGAAUAGCCACUACAUCAUAUUGAGUAUGGGAUGGAAAGGGCAAGAGUUGUUUCUCUCAGGGAUAAGAUUCUUGUUGUUUUUUGGGUGUUAUUUUGUCAAUUUGUGCAGUUUGCAGACAAAUUGUAACAUACAUUAGUGAUGACAUGGCAUUGGGCUAGUAGUGUCAUUUCUGUCAAUAUGUAACUUAAAAUUCAUUCCUUUUGUUGGACAACAGCUAUGAAUAGCCAUAAAUGAUUAUCAACUUUUGCUUUUCUCUUCACAGGAUGUGUAUUUUCUUUUAACAACUUGCAAUAAAUCACAAAUUUUAGAAUUAUCAUUAUCAAUUUUUACAGCAAAUCUAAUGUUACAUGUACAUUGUAUAUUUACAUAUGAAAAAUGUAGGCUAGGUAGACUAUUUUUUCCUUGAUGUUUCAUCAUUAGUAGUUUUAUGGAGUGUCCCAACCUCCAUGGUUGUCUUCUAAUUGGAAAAUGAACAGCUGUGGUUGCUCAUUUCCACCCAGGUUUACACGCCAGGGCCACGGCCUGUGAUUGGCCACAAGGCCUCCACACGCCCUCCUCUCACCCCCACCAGCCAAUCAUAGAGGUUGACAGUUGGAUCACAGUGCCCUGGGAUGAGCCAUACUUGGUCUCCUAUCUGGAAGAAGUACAAUAUGUACAUUCCAAUGUUUCAAACUGAGAUUUACAGUACUACAUGUAUUGUCUUAUAUGUACUUCAAUACUACAUCACUUACAAACAUGAUUGUAGAGGAGUUGGCUCUUCCUCAUUGUGACAACAUAUUUCCAUCACUCUCUAGUUCCCCCAGAGUCACUCUCAUCUGUAUUUGUCCACAUACAAUGUAUACUGCAAUUAUUAGCCUCAUGCCAGAAGGACAUAUUUUUAUACUUUCUAUAUCUAUGCCCACCUUAUAUGACCCCGGUGGUACCAGGACUCCAUGUUCAUCCCCUCCACAGUGGUACACAAUAUCAGUGUUGGGAUAAACCUGAGGAAUUGUGGAGCAAAUGAAAGGGAGGAAUAAAU